AUGCACCCUUCAGAAUGUGGUCAGUCUCGUCGUGUCUUUUCUAGUUUGUUUCAUUCUAGUGUUCACGCUUAUGAAAAGAUUCCUCUCCUAUGCAAGGUUCCACGGAAAGUUUCGAUACCCAUUGUGUGUCUUGUAAUUUGGAAUAUUGCUGCCUGGAUUGUUGUAUCUGUAAUUUUGGCUACUACUAGUUCUCGUUUGUUCGCAUCAAUUAUUCUUGCCUGGACGUAUGGGCUUCGACAUGCACUUGAUGCCGAUCACAUUACGGCUAUUGACAACCUUACAAGGCGGUUACUUGGAUCGGAGAAGCCGUUGUCUACUGUCGGUACAUGGUUCAGUUUAGGACAUUCAACCGUUGUCACAAUUACUUGUUUAGUGGUUGCCAUCACGGCCAGUAAGUUUGCUGAUAAAUGGGACAACUUUGAAAAAGUUGGCGGCGUUAUAGGAACGUCUGUAAGUAUGGCCUUCCUAUUUUUGCUGGCCAUUGGCAAUUCAGUGUUAUUGGUUCGAUUGUACAUACGUUUACGGCGGUAUUGCCGGACCGGCGUUGAAUCGGACCAUGGUGCUUCUGGUUUCUGGAUGCAGCAUCUUUCCAAGGUGUUUCAACUUGUCGAUCGUCCUUGGAAAAUCUACAUUCUAGGUUUUGUGUUCGGUUUGGGAUUCGAUACAAGUUCGGAAAUUGCACUUCUUGGAAUUGCUAGUUUACAAGCAAUUUCUGGUGUUUCCAUAUGGCUAAUCCUGCUGUUUCCACUUAUAUUCUUGUCUGGUAUGUGUCUCGUUGAUACUAUCGAUGGCGCUCUCAUGUACUACGCGUAUUCUUCGUCAGUGUCCGCUAAGAACGGAUAUUUCACCCGCUGCUACUACUCUUUCGUUCUAACAGUAAUAUCUGUAAUUGCCGCUUACACAAUUGGUGUCAUUCAAAUGCUUUCCCUAAUUGAAAAUGUUGGCGAUAAGCAUGGUUCCUUUUGGGACCUGCUCGAUAGUGUAAGUGGCCAUUAUGAAAUUGUUGGCGCAAGCAUUUGCGGCUUGUUUGUAUUGGGUGGCUUAUUGAGCAUUUGUCUUCAUGACUGGAUAAAGAACAAAUACGUCCGUUUUGAUGUUCACCCAAGUGACGUGGAAGCAUCGAUUCCGUCAGGCAGCAACGGUACCGACAAAAAGAAAAAUGAAAACAGUACUAUCAUUGAUGUUGAGGAAACGACUUACCAAGCGAUUUCAAAUUAA